GUGCGUGUGUGAUGUCGUCUACACUUUGAUUUCAUCGUAAACGUAUUUACAUAUUUGAGUUAUUAAGGGUUAGCGUUCUGUGGAUUACGCGGUACCAUUUUUGCAAGCUACCUUUAUCGAAAGAGAUCUAGAUGUCAGUACCGGUCGCUGUCCGGAACUGAUUAUAGCACAUCGCGUUGAAUUGAUGAUGCUCCGUUCGUGGUACUGAAAUCCUUUGCGCUUUCGCUCUCUUUCAUUUCCUCUCUGUCCCUCCCUCCCUCCAUCUCUCCUCUAUCCCUCCCUUGGUUCUAUCUCAUACGCACAAACCCCUCUGUCAUGGCGUCUUCCAACAAUGUUACCCCUACCAACUGUAGCUGGUGGCCCAUCUCAGCCUUGGAUGAAGACGGUGAAAUGACAGACGGAGAGAAAAGCGAGGAGCCAGCUAUCGAGACGAAACCUAAUUUCUCUAAAGACAAGCUUGUUUUGUAUCACUGGACGCAGUCUUUCAUCUCUCAAAAGGUGCGUCUGGUGAUCAAUGAGAAGGGUCUGCUGUGUGAAGAGAGGGAUGUGAGUCUCCCUAUAGCCGAGCACAAUGAGCCCUGGUUUAUGAGGCUCAACCUGGGGGAGGAGGUGCCUGUUUUCAUCCACGGAGACACCAUCGUGUCAGACUACAACCAAAUCAUACAGUACCUGGAGGCUAACUUUGGGGGAGAAACGGUGGCCCAGCUGAUUCCAGAUGCUGGCUCUCCUGUCCACGAGUGUGUGCAGCAGUACCGUAAACUGCUGGACGGCCUGCCCAUGGAUGCUUACACACACGGCUGUAUCCUGCACCCAGAGCUCACCACAGACUCCAUGAUCCCAAAGUACGCCACUGCUGAAAUACGUAGACACUUAGCCAACGCUGCGUCGGAGCUGAUGAAGCUGGACCAUGAGGAACCCACGCUGACAGAGCCAUACCUUUCCAAGCAGAAGAAACUCAUGGCAAAAAUAUUGGACCACGAUAAUGUGACCUACCUAAAGAAGAUCCUUGGAGAGUUGGCCAUGGUACUAGAUCAGGUAGAGGCCGAGUUGGAAAAGAGGAAAAUCGAGUAUGAAGGUCAAAAGUGUGAGUUGUGGCUAUGUGGACCUGAAUUUACAUUAGCUGAUGUCUGCCUGGGAGCCUUGUUGCACAGGCUUAAGUUCUUGGGACUCUCAAAGAAAUACUGGGAGGACGGCAGCCGACCCAACCUCCAGUCCUUUUUCGAGCGGGUGCAAAAACGCUACGCUUUCCGAAAAGUUCUGGGCGACAUCCACACAACCCUUCUGUCAGCAGUUCUACCCAAUGCAUUCCGAAUGGUAAAAAAGAAGCCGCCAUCUUUCUUCGGGGCCUCUUUCCUCAUGGGCUCUCUGGGAGGGAUGGGGUACUUUGCCUAUUGGUUUCUAAAAAAGAAAUAUGUGUAGUGAGCGCCCCCCUCCAUGUCUUAAAUGUCUGUGUAUUUGUGUGAUGUUUCAAUUUUUCUGUAAUGUUUUACAACAGGAGGAAAAUAUGAAUCUAUAUAGGGAACACUAUUACUUACCUAGGUGAACAAAGAUAAGAACAUUCCAUACACAAAGGAAUUGUUAACAGCACAUUUUUCUGGUAUUCCAAUCCAUUAUUUAAUUUCUUGCUCCCUUCUUCAGGUCUCUAUCAACCUACAGUUUUACUUUCUAAUUAGCUAAUUUUGGAGGCAUGCAUUAUCCAGUUAUUUUAAUUAACGGAAAACAAACUUAUUUGUUUUUAAUGAUCAUUAGGGUCAUAUUCCCUACACAUAAGAGACAAUGUCUUGACAUUGCAUCGCCAUAUCCAAAGUGGGGCUCAUCCACACCCUGCACGUCACUGUAGAGUUUUAUUAAGUAGUUUUUCAUCACAGUUUUGGCGUUCACCUAUUGCCCUUCAUGCCUCUGUUGGCCAUUGGUUUAUUUUAUUAAAUCCUUCUGAUACUUCCUGUGCUGCCAGAAACUGCCAGAUGAGAAGAUAGGAUAGUGAGACGUCCAGUCGGUCCCAAUUCGCUCCCUUUCCUUUUCCUCCUUGACCAUAAUUGUUGUUUGCAGAUUUGUAAGUUUCACCACUGUUUAUACCAAUCCAGACCCUCCAGUUAUGCAAACAUUGAAGGAUCUGGCCAAAGGAAAGGGGUAAGGAGUGAAUUAGGACUGUAUACAGACACUCUCAGCCAUAUACAGGCACUCCCUUUAAAGCACUAUGAGAGUAUAUGCACUCUAUCAAUUCAUUCAUUAAUAAAAUGUGAUUGUCAUUUCUCACACCACAGUCUUGAGCUGAUCAUGAAGUGCUCUCUGACUUUAAAGUCAGAGAGGAUGGGUCUGAUAGAGAAAUAAUUUAAGUGUCAAUUGAGCCAUCCAAAAUAUUGAGCGAGGAAUCACUCAGCGGCUUUUGACAGUGUCCAUACAGAGUGACUAUGAACUUAUACAUGGUUCAGUUAAAUAGUCACAUAAAUAGCUGACAUGUUGGUUUGAUCCCAGAAACAUUGAGCAGCACGAGUUUUAGUUCAAUAAUCCAAGCUUUUUCCCCAUAUGACUAGCCAUUUAAACUAAACUCGUACACUACAAACCUCUUAGAAAACUGUGACAAGUGUUACAAAAUUCUGGGAACUUUCAACAUAUUCCCUGGUUUUUCCAGAAAUCCUAGUUGAAAGAUUCCAGAUUUCCUGCUUAUUCUCUCCAGGAUUCCCAGAAUUAGGAGAGCAUAAGCAGGAAAUCCAGAAUCCUCCAACUAGGAUUCCUGGAAAACCCGGGAGUUGAUUGAACGUUCCCAGAAUUUUGCAACCCAAAUCCUCUGGAGUCUAACUGACCCAUACAAUGUUCCCCUCUGCUCAGAAGUGCUAGCAUGUACACAGAUGAAUGUCAAAAGGGUUAUAAU